GCGGAACCCUUCUGUCCCAGUCGUGCUUGUUUAACACCGGCGCAUUUUAUACGUCACACAUCCGACGUUUCCUCUGAAACCAGCGAACUCAUUCAAGGGUCUGUUGCAGGAGGUUCUGGAUUUAAAAGAUGUUUUUGACCAGAUCGGAAUAUGACAGAGGGGUGAAUACUUUUUCUCCUGAGGGAAGAUUGUUCCAGGUUGAAUAUGCCAUCGAGGCUAUAAAGUUGGGCUCCACGGCCAUCGGCAUCCAGACAUCGGAGGGUGUGUGUCUGGCCGUGGAGAAGAGGAUCACCUCUCCCUUGAUGGAGCCCAGCAGCAUUGAGAAGAUUGUGGAGAUCGACAGUCACAUUGGUUGUGCCAUGAGCGGCUUGAUAGCCGAUGCCAAGACUCUGAUUGACAAAGCAAGAGUAGAAACACAGAACCACUGGUUCACUUACAACGAGACAAUGACAGUGGAGAGUGUGACUCAGGCCGUGUCCAACCUGGCGCUGCAGUUUGGAGAGGAGGACGCAGACCCGGGUGCCAUGAGUCGGCCCUUCGGUGUAGCUCUCCUCUUUGGGGGACUGGAUGAGAAAGGACCCCAGCUGUACCACAUGGACCCAUCAGGCACCUUUGUGCAGUGUGAUGCCCGGGCCAUUGGCUCAGCAUCAGAGGGAGCCCAGAGCUCUCUGCAGGAGGUCUACCAUAAGUCCAUGACAUUAAAAGAUGCCAUCAAGUCAUCCCUCACCAUUCUGAAGCAGGUGAUGGAGGAGAAGCUGAAUGCCACCAACAUUGAGCUGGCAACAAUAGAGCCCGGAAAGACCUUCCACAUGUAUUCCAAAGAGGAGCUGGAGGACGUGAUCAAGGACAUCUAGAGCAGAAAAGGACUUAAGUCUUGGUUUGAGCUCUGGACAGGACAGGACAGGAGAGGAGAUGGAAGCCCACCUGGGUCGAAUGUCAGCGCACAAUACCACGACCACUUCCAUCAGCACACUCUCCUUCCUGCUGAAUUCAGAAAUUCUUGGUUUGCAUAAGAGGAUUCUCUUUGUAAUGUGUUCAUUUACUUCUUGUCUCUCAAUACUGCAGAUUUCUACAGUUCUGUACAGGCGUCAGAUCAGUGCUUACCAACUGAGUGACAGUAAAAUAUUUGGGGGGGGUACUUUUUUGUUACGGAUCAAUACUGCAAUUAAACUUGUAUUCAAAAAGUGA